GGCAAAGUGAGCCGUUCGUUGGGGUAUUGUAUCUGACAGUGGCAGAGUAAGGAAGAAUAAAGGAAGUGUCAGUCUCAGCUGUUUUAAAUUGAGUGUUAAUUGAACGAUAGAAUGUCGUGAAUGUGAUUACCAUUAAACUAAAACAAACUACGUUUAGAAACAAGUACGUUGCUGUUAUUUCCUAAUUUAUGUUUAUUUUCUAUCAGACUGAACAACGUUUAACAAUAAUUACUAUAAACCAAGUUUGGACGUACCUGCAAGUUUGUCUAGGCUCACUCACGUCUUGCCGAGUAAUUUUUCAACUUGUCAAGUUCAACCUGAAAACGAACCAUUCAGUAUAUUCUAGCGGAAGGUCAGCGGCCUGAGAUGAAUAGCAACGUGAGCUACCAGCAGGGGCUGAUUAUGGAGGCCCAUUGCCCCUUGACAAUGCCUAUCAGCAAACAACCUCUCACCGAUACCUACACAGCAGACCCAAAGCCAUUCGCAAGGGGCAAAUUUGCCACUGUUCGUCGCUGCAAGCACAAAGAAACCGGUGUUGAGUAUGCCGCAAAAUGUAUUCGAAAACGACGUCGUGCGGCGGAUGUUCGUCACGAGAUAAUGCAUGAAAUGUUUGUUUUAAAACUCAGUGACAGUUGUCAACAUAUUAUUCAUCUUCAUGAAGUCUACGAGACGUCAUCUGAAGUUAUUCUGGUUUUGGAAAUGGCGGCAGGUGGCGAGUUACAACGUGUUCUGGAUGACCAAGAAGUGAUAGCCGAAACAGAGGCAUCUCGUGUGAUGCGGCAGAUUCUAGAGGGAGUAGCUUUUUUACAUCAGCGUGGUAUCGCUCACUUAGAUAUAAAGCCACAAAACCUGCUGCUUACACAAGCCUUUCCACAGUGUGAUGUGAAGUUGUGUGACUUUGGAAUUUCUCGACGGAUUACCAAAGGAAGCGAGAUCCGAGAGAUCCUUGGAACGCCUGAUUAUGUUUCUCCAGAGAUUCUUCAGUAUGAACCAAUUUCUUUGGCUACAGACAUGUGGAGUAUUGGUGUCCUGGCUUAUGUUCUUCUGUCAGGGCAUACACCCUUUGGUGGUGAGACAAAACAAGAGACUUUUUGGAACAUAACAAGUGGAAUUGUGGAGUUUCCAGAAGAAUUAUUUGGUAGUGUCUCAAAUGAUGCUAAAGACUUCAUCCAGAGGUUAUUGAUCACUGAGCCAAGUGAACGAAUGACAGCUAAAGAAUCCCUUCAUCACUCUUGGAUCAGAAUGUUUUGUGACCCAGAGAGUCCUGGCAUUGAUGUAGCAAAAAUAGGGUACACAUUGAAGGAUGAGUCAAAUGCUGAGGUGUCAGUUUCAGCAGAAGUUGCUGAAGAAGUUACCAAUGGUUCAGAAGUGCAUUUGUUUGAGCAGUCCCAAGAAGGUGUAGGAGUUGUAGAAGGAAAAUUACAGUAUCAAAUGCAUCUAAUCCCCGUGGACCACCACCAGAGUAAUGGGACUGUUGAUAAAGAAGUGACAUCAUCAUCUGAAAAACCACACCCUUGUUUUUCUAACCUGAGCCCAAAAAACAGAGCUGUAUCUGAAAUGGAGGAAAUUAUUGUUGGUUUUGAAGGACAUAAUUUAAACAAACGUAUGAUCAUUACAGAUGAAAGAAUGAGUAUGGUAUACUAGAAUGUAAAGUUGGCCUACAGUUAUUUCACCUUAUUCAUAUUGUUUCCUGAAAACGUUACUGCAUCUAGUUUGAUUGUUGAGUUGUCAUCAAUUAGUCAGCCAUAAUUAAGAUCAGUGAAGCUGUUGGGAAUGAGUUAGAUGAGUGUGAGACAUCACGGCAUUCCAUAGAAGGAUUGAAAAAUCUAUUUGGAAUUAUAUUAAUAUAUAACAAGGAAGAAUACUGGAGUUUCUUCCACUGCAAGGCUAGUUAAUCUAGGCAAAGAAGAUCUGAGUUAGUUGUUUCUAACUGAUUGAUCUGGGUAAUAAACACACAUCCAUAACUGAUUGAUCUAAGUAAUAAACACAUAUCACAAACUUAGUCAGAGCAUCAAGAAAAUGUCCACAAAAAAAGGGUCCAAUGGAUUGGAUAUUUGAGAUUUAUAAGCACUUUUGUAUUGACUUGUGUUGGAGUAGUAUAUUUGUACAAUCUUAAGGGAACAACUUUUCUCUAUGAAGAUUAUGAUAAUCAAGCCACUCAACAAGCACAUGACCUAAGUUAAUAUUGUCCACUUGAAAAAGUAAACUUGAGACAUACACAUUUAGUAUAGUAUCCACUUUUCAUGAUUAAAAAAAAAAAAUGUACUUCAACUCUUACUUGUGACAUGUUAACUAAUGAGUUAUAUGAAACAUAUUUCAACUCAUACAUGCAAUAUAUUAACUGAUCAAUAGUUAAUUAUUUUCCUAAAUUAUGCUUCAAAUCAUUCACUACUAGCCUUCAAUCACUGAAUAAAUCUGCACUUUCCAUAAGACUGUAUGAAGUGUUAGUUCCAUUACGGUUGAGUAAUAAUCAUUGUGAUACAUUCUCAUAAUGUUAAUGGAAAUGAGUUAGGAACAAUGAAUUAUGUUUUGGUUUAGCUUAAAAAGUUUCAUUCUUUGAACUAUGAAAAUUGCAUGUAAAUACCUUGUACAUAUCUUGUAGAAAGCCUACAGAGCUCAAAUUAGAUGUAAAGUUGUUAGUGGCAGGAAAACUAGAUGAUCAGAAGAUGUUUGAUCCUUUUGCAGCAUUAUAUUUCAUAACAUUUGUACUAUCAUAGUGUUGAUAGUUUUUUAUUCAUCAUCUUUCUUCUGAAUUGUAAUCAUACUGUAAAUUAAACAGGUUCUUGUUAAGUUAUUAUAAAAUUUAACCCUCAAACUUUAGUCUUUAGUAAUUUGUGGAGAUUUGUAAAUAUACAGUCUGUACAAAUGCAUUUAUAUAUAUAUAUAGUACAUUGAUGUUGAGUAAUAAAAUGUUUGGGUUGAGUGUUUUACAGAAUGUUCUUUGUUUUAUCUAAUUGUAAGAUUUUUCUUCACCUCAAAUAAAAUGGAUUAACAGAAUUUAUUGUAACAAAAUGGUCUCCUGCACUAAUAAUUUGCACAAUUAUUUACAUUUACAUAAUAAAAACGUAAGUGAAGCUAAAGAUUCUCAUUAAAAUUGGACAUAAAUAAACAGUGAAAGUUUAAAUGUAUACAAGAAAAAUAUUAUACAAAAUGAAAAUAGUUGAAAAAAAACAAAGGUUGUUUGAGUUCUCAUUCAGUAUCUUGAGUAGUUCAUCGUUUGAUCAAUCUGUGGUUAAAAUUUUGAAAUUAUAUAUGGAAAUAGAAUGAUUGUUUUUUACAGUGUAAUACAGAUAGAAGCACAAGGAUUUAAACAAAUUCUGCUUGAGAAAUCCAUAGACUUAUAAAAAUAUAUUUUUAAUUGGUGUAUUGUUUUAUUGAUAUAGGUGACUUUACAUUCAACAGCUCUAUAUUGGUAGACAACCCAUGAAGAUAGAGAAGUAGACAAAACUUCUUUAGUUCAAAACAUGACAGGAAUUCAAAAUAAUGAAUUAAAAAUCAUUUGUAGUUUAAUUGUAGAUUAAAAAAAAAACAAUUUAAUUUCUGAAUUUGAUUUUGAAUAAGAACUUUUCCCCCCCAAAAAAAGGAUGAACAUGAAUGAAAAUAAUUGAAAUGGUACAGGUUUUUUAGUGGGUUAGUUUUAUUUUUCAAAAAGUUAUGUAAUAGUUUUGAAGUCUGCAAGUAGUAACCAUUUUAUCUUAAAAUGUUUUGUAAAAAGAAAAUACUUUCAGGCUGAAUGGGAAAAUAGGUAAAAUGAACGUAGUAGGUUCUGCUGAGGAAGUUCAGUGUUUACUAUCAGAGAGUGUACAGACUAAUAAAUGUUUUCUUUUGGUAUGUGGUAGUCUUAGGUAAAACUGUAAUUCACAGGCAAGUAUUGGGUCCUGCAAUAUGUGAGGCUAGAAGGAAAUGAUUGCAGAAACAUAUAAUGAGCAUGGAUAACAAGUAAAA